CAAGGAUAUAUUUAAUAUGUGCUAAGUUUGUGGCUAAUUUAUAUUAUGUUUCUACAUUAAAGUUAUAAGAUAAGGCACAAUGGCCGCAACUACACCAGGUUUUAAGAAGUUAGCAGACGAUUCUGAGGAUUCAGAUACAGAAUACACCCCGCUGUAUGAUGACGGUGAUGAAAUAGAUCAAAGAACUGCACAAGAAACAAAAGGAUGGAAUCUAUUUCGAGAGAUUCCGGUGAAAAAAAGAGAGAGUGGAUCUAUGGCCACAAAAAAUUGGAUAGAAACAAGCGUAAAAAUCUUAAAAGUGCUUGCCUACAUAUUGGUUUUUUGUGCUGUACUGGGUUCCGCAGUCAUAGCUAAAGGAACUCUUCUAUUUAUUACGUCACAACUGAAGAAAGACAGACAAAUUACUCACUGCAAUAGACGACUUGCUUUAGACCAACAGUUCAUAACGGUACACAGUUUAGAAGAAAGAAUAACAUGGCUAUGGGCAGCACUUAUUGUAUUCGGUGUGCCGGAGUUAGGGGUGUUUUUGAGAUCCGUCAGGAUAUGCUUCUUCAAAACUGCCAAGAAACCAAAAACACAGUUUAUUAUUGCUUUCAUAACAGAGACACUACAAGCAAUAGGAAUAGCAGCACUUGUAUUAAUAAUUCUACCAGAAUUAGACGCUGUGAAAGGAGCCAUGUUGAUGAACGCCAUGUGCGCUAUCCCUGCAUUGCUAAACAUUUUCACGAGAGACCGAAUGGAUUCUAAGUUUUCUAUAAAAUUGAUAUUGGAUGUAUUGGCGAUAUCGGCACAAGCCACGGCGUUUGUUGUUUGGCCUCUUAUGGAAAGAACGCCAGUUCUAUGGACCAUACCAGUUGCAUGUGUGUUAGUGUCUCUAGGCUUCUGGGAGAAUUUUGUUGACACCUACAAUAAAAGUUAUGUUUUUACGGUGCUGCAGGAACUACGCGACAACCUCAAGAGGACUCGGUACUACACUCAGCGGGUGUUGUCUGUUUGGAAGAUUAUAGUGUUUAUGGCAUGCAUUUUAAUAUCGCUGCAUAUGCAAAAUGACAAUCCGUUUACCUUUUUCACUCACGCCAGCCAAGCCUUCGGAGAGAGACAGUAUGUCGUUAACGAGGUUCUAAUAGUAGUCCGAGAUGACGAAACCAUAGGUUAUGACGUCACCGGAGGUAUAUUCGAAUUGGACGCGAUAUGGACCUCAGCAUUGUGGGUUGCUUUAAUUCAAGUGGCAGCAGCCUACUUCUGUUUCGGAAGUGCCAAGUUUGCUUGCAAAAUUCUUAUACAAAAUUUUAGUUUCACUUUAGCAUUGACUCUCGUCGGGCCCGUGGCAAUCAACCUCCUUAUUGCUUUCUGCGGAAUGAGAAAUGCAGACCCUUGCGCUUUCCAUAGAACUAUACCUGACAAUUUGUUUUACGAGAUACCACCUGUGUACUUCUUGCGGGAGUACGUGGGCCACGAGAUGGCGUGGGUGUGGUUACUGUGGCUCAUAUCUCAAGCGUGGAUCGUGUUUCACACGUGGCAGCCGCGAUGCGAGCGCCUCUCCGCAACUGACAAACUGUUUGCCAAACCGUGGUACAUCGGACCGCUAAUCGACCAAUCGUUGCUGUUAAACAGGACUAAGGAUUUGGAUAAUGAUUGCCAGGUUGAGGAUUUGAAGGGUCUUGGCGACGAUUCGUCGGUUGGAAGCGAUCUUGCCAUCGUAAAAGAUAUCAAACCAUCCGAUUCGAUAACCAGAAUACAAGUGUGUGCGACAAUGUGGCACGAGACCAAUGAGGAGAUGAUCGAGUUCUUGAAGUCUAUCUUCCGCCUCGACGAGGACCAGAGCGCGCGCCGCGUCGCGCAGAAGUACCUCGGCAUCGUCGACCCCGACUACUACGAACUCGAGUGUCAUAUUUUCAUGGAUGACGCUUUUGAAAUAUCCGAUCACAGUGCCGAAGACUCGCAGGUGAAUCGCUUCGUGAAGUGCCUAGUGGAUGCGGUGGACGAAGCGGCUUCCGAAGUGCAUCUAACUAACGUGAGGUUAAGGCCCCCCAAGAAAUACCCCACCCCGUACGGCGGAAAACUAAUUUGGACCAUGCCAGGGAAAAAUAAGUUGAUUUGUCAUUUAAAAGAUAAAUCCAAGAUUCGGCACAGAAAGAGAUGGUCGCAGGUUAUGUACAUGUACUAUUUCCUGGGGCAUCGCUUGAUGGAUCUGCCAAUAUCCGUGGAUCGUAAGGAAGUGAUUGCCGAGAACACGUACCUAUUAGCUUUGGAUGGAGACAUCGACUUCAAGCCGAGCGCUGUCACGUUGCUGGUCGAUCUUAUGAAGAAGGAUAAGAACUUGGGCGCCGCUUGCGGUCGCAUUCAUCCUGUCGGCUCUGGUUUCAUGGCUUGGUACCAGAAGUUCGAAUAUGCUAUUGGUCAUUGGCUGCAAAAGGCGACUGAACACAUGAUCGGCUGCGUACUCUGUAGUCCGGGAUGCUUCUCCCUCUUCAGGGGAAAGGCGCUCAUGGACGAUAACGUCAUGAAGAAAUAUACACUCACUUCCAAUGAGGCUCGACAUUACGUGCAAUACGAUCAAGGCGAGGACCGCUGGCUGUGCACGCUGCUGCUGCAGCGCGGGUACCGCGUGGAGUACUCGGCGGCGUCGGACGCCUACACGCACUGCCCCGAGCGGUUCGACGAGUUCUUCAACCAGCGCCGCCGCUGGGUGCCCUCCACCAUGGCCAACAUAUUCGAUCUGCUCGCGGACUCCAAACGCACCGUGCAAGUCAACGACAACAUUUCCACAUUGUAUAUCGUCUAUCAGUGCAUGCUUAUGAUGGGUACGAUUUUGGGUCCGGGAACAAUCUUCCUGAUGAUGAUUGGCGCAAUAAACGCUAUAACAGGCAUGAGCAAUAUGCACGCACUUCUCUUUAACCUGGUGCCCGUGCUUACGUUUUUGGUUGUCUGUAUGACAUGCAAGUCCGAGACUCAGUUGAUGCUCGCGAACCUCAUUACCUGCUUUUAUGCGAUGGUAAUGAUGUUUGUGAUCGUCAGUAUCGUCCUACAAAUAUCACAAGAUGGUUGGCUAGCGCCAUCUAGUAUGUUCACUGCGGCAACAUUUGGAAUAUUCUUCGUAACAGCGGCUUUGCAUCCACAAGAAAUAAUAUGUUUGUUGUACAUUUCCAUAUAUUACAUCACAAUUCCGAGCAUGUAUAUGUUGUUGAUUAUCUACUCCCUAUGCAAUUUGAACAACGUCUCGUGGGGAACUCGAGAGGUGGCUCAGAAGAAGACUGCAAAGGAAAUGGAAAUGGAUAAGAAAGCAGCGGAAGAAGCAAAGAAGAAGAUGGAUAAUCAAAGCAUAAUGAAAUGGUUCGGCAAGUCGGACGAGACGAGCGGCUCGCUGGAGUUCAGCGUGGCGGGACUGUUCCGCUGCAUGUGCUGCACCAACCCUAAGGACCACAAGGACGACUUGCAUCUCUUGCAGAUCGCCAACUCCAUCGAGAAGAUCGAAAAGAGAUUGUCGGCACUCGGCGCGGCGGAGUCGGAGCCGGCGCAGGCGCAGACGCGGCGCCGCUCGUCGCUGGGGCUGCGGCGCGACUCGCUCGCCACCAUGCCCGAGUACGCCGACAGCGAGCUGUCCGUAGACAUUCCUCGCGAAGAAAGAGACGAUCUUAUAAACCCCUAUUGGGUGGAGGAUCCCAAUCUGCAGAAAGGCGAAGUAGACUUCUUGACGACGGCUGAAAUCGAAUUCUGGAAAGACUUGAUUGAUGUUUAUUUGAGGCCUAUCGAUGAAAACAAGGAAGAGCAGGAACGUAUCAAAACCGAUCUAAAGAACUUGCGUGACACGAUGGUGUUCGCGUUCGCCAUGUUGAACUCGUUAUUUGUGUUGGUGAUAUUCCUGCUCCAGUUCAACCAGGACCAGUUGCACAUAAAGUGGCCGUUCGGGCAGGAUGUCGCGCUCUCUUAUGACAAGGAAAGGAAUGUUGUAUUGGUGGAGCAGGAAUUCCUUAUGUUGGAGCCUAUAGGUUCCCUGUUCCUCGUGUUCUUCGGGUUUGUAAUGUUGAUACAGUUCGUGGCGAUGUUGUUCCAUCGUUCGUAUACUAUUACGCAUUUGCUCUCCACAACAGAGCUUCACUGGUAUUUCAGCAGACGUCCGGACCAGAUGUCAGAUGAAAACCUCUUGGAAAGGAAGGUGGUAGAAAUAGCGAGAGAGUUGCAGAAGUUAAACACAGACGACCUAGACCGCCGCGCGGUCGAAACUAACGACGUGUCACGGCGAAAGACUCUACACAACCUAGAGAAGGCGCGAGACACCAAGCACAGCGUGAUGAACCUUGACGCUAACUUCAAGAGGCGACUGACUAUACUACAGAGCGGUGAUCCUAACGUGAUAUCUCGGCUGUCAUCGUUGGGCGGCGAUGAGGUUACUCGUCGCGCCACGAUACGCGCAUUAAAGACGAGGAGGGACUCACUGCUCGCUGAAAAACGACGCUCCCAGCUGCAAGCGGCGGGCGACGCUACAGGCUACAUGUAUAACCUGUCAGGCACUGCGGUGAAUGACAUGAGCGGCCGAGCUUCGACGGCCAGCGCCUACAUUAACAAAGGAUACGAACCCGCUUUCGAUAGCGACGACGACGAACCACCGCGUCCGCGCAGGAGCACUGUACGCUUCAGAGAAAACUACACGUAAUAUUUGGUCAAAAUUGUGAACUGUAACAUGCAAUAAAAUGAUGAACGAAA